AAAAAAGGAGAUGCACCCGCACCGAUUCUCGUCUCGUCUCGUGAAAUAAUGUAAACGUUCUGUGGUUGUUUUAUAAUAUAUCUAUAGAAUAUAUAGACAGUAUAUUUGUCUGUAUGUUGACAUGCUUAUGCCGUUGAUUUAUUUAAAUGCCUUGCUCAUUACUUGCAUAUCUGAUCUAUUUUAAUUGCAAAUCUGUCAGAAGCUGCGUGCUGUCAUUGGUCAUUUAGGAUGUCGGAAUUUGGCAUAGAAUCAAAUCACUCUACAGAGACUUAUAAGCAGGGAUCAGCUGGUGAAAGUGCUUUUAAAAAACGACUCGGUAUUAUUGCAACUUGUGUCGUCGGAGGGUCAUUGGUCGCUCUGUAUGCAGUGACCGGACCGUUUGUUGCACCAGCACUGAGGAAAGUUUGUCUCCCAUUUGUACCUGCAACAAGGAAUCAAAUUGAAAACGUUCUUAAGGUUUUGAAAACUAGAUCAGGGUCUCUGGCGGAUAUCGGCAGCGGAGAUGGACGGAUAGUUAUCGCUGCAGCAAAAAGUGGUUUCAAGGCAGUUGGCUUUGAGCUGAACCCAUGGCUGGUCUGGUACUCCCGAUACAAAGCCUGGAGGGAAGGUGUUCAUCACAACACAUCUUUUUAUAUUUCUGACCUUUGGAAGGUCAGUUUUUCAGAGUACUCCAAUGUGGUCAUCUUUGGCAUUCCUCAAAUGAUGGAGCAGCUUGAAGUCAAGCUUCAAACAGAGCUCCAGAGUUCAGCCAAAGUAGUGGCUUGUCGCUUUCCAUUUCCCACUUGGACUCCUGAGGAUGUCGCUGGAGAGGGAAUUGAUACUGUUUGGGUUUAUAAUGCCAAGACAUUCAAACCUCCCAUCAGAAAUGAUAAAGACAGUGAAAGACAAGAAUUAAUGACGAACUAAGUUUCUUUAAAGAAAGAAUGUAAAAGAAAGAAUUCCCUAUGUUUUAGUAAAGAAAAUAAGAACGAGUUUGUUUUUUUCUGCAUUUGUAUUAUAUGACAAAGAAAAGGAUUUGAUAUAUAUUUUCUCAGAGAUGUUGAGUGAUCAUAUCCUGAUAAUAAUAUUUUAUAUUCUUGUUUAAAGGCCCGUUCACACC